AUGAAUUCUGUCGAUAUGCAGCAACUUUUAAUGUCAAUUGAUCCCGUAAGUUUAUCAAAAUAAUAUUUUCAAAAAUAGAAAACAGUAGUUUGUAUAGUACUAAACUAGGACUCUUCUUCAAAAUCAGCAAAAUUUUAUAAACAAUUUUUUUCUGAAAAAAAUUGAAACAGAAUAUACACAUAUAAACAAAACCAAUCCCAAAAAUCGAAAUAAUUCCUUUCCAUUUUUUUUUCGAAAAAAGCUUUUUCUUUAUUCAAUUUUCAACUUCUUUCAUUCAUUUUCAUUCAUUCUUCAUAAAAAAGUUCACACGGGCGGGCAAAACCGAAGAAUAAUUCAUUGGUUUAAUUAACUUUUCUCUUUUUUUUCCAACUUUCUCGGAAAUAAAAAAUAUGAAACAAAUUUUUAUGAUUAUUAUUCUUUUCUUACCCUUGAAAAAUGCAAAAAAUUUCAUUUUUUUUCACGAAAUUCUCGUUUUUUUCCAAAAUUUCGGCUCAAAUCGCAGGAAACAAUUUGAAUGUAUAAUAUUUUUCAUGACAAAUGGGCGGAGCCAUCGGCCGAGUAUUUUAUUUUUCAAUUUUUUGUUAGACCCGAUUUGGAUAUUUCUUAUUUUUAUUUUUCAAGCUCGCAAAAAAUAAGAGAGAGUUAGGUUUCCCAGGGACACUACAAAUUAAAGCGCGCAAAAGCUUUUCUCUAGAAAUUUCGUAAAAUCACACGCAGAUUAAUCGGGUUUGGCUAACUAAAAUAAAAUCAAAAAUAUUUGGGAAAUGACUUUUUUUGUUAAAGAAAUCCGAUUUUAAGAGGAUUUUGGCGCAAGUCUUUUUCGAAUCAAAUCUGUUUUUGAGCUGAGCUGAAAUUUUUUGUCGCCUCUUUUUCAAAAAAUAAAAAAACUCAUCGUAAAUUCUUCCAAAAUAAAAUUUAUUUUUCAUUUCCAUUUCCAUUUUUUUUAUUUCCAAAACCAAAAAUUCUCUCUAUUUAUGUGUGAACAAAAAAACCAAUUCAAGUUUUUUCCCAAAAUUUAAUUUUUUUAUUGUUGAUUUUUUUGGUGUGGAAAAUAACAGGUGCCAAAGGUGUCAUAAAUAACACCAAAACAAAAAAAGAAACAACGAAGUAUACUUUGAGAAACUGUUGUAUUUAUAAUGUCUCUUCAAAAUUCACACUAUUUCGUCUCAUAAAUCCCGCCCAUUUUUUGGUGUCGAUAGAUAGAGUACACCCAAAAAAAGGAGAAAAGUAGUCGAAAUAUUAAUUAUUAUUUGUUUUAGUUGUUUUUUGGUGGCGUCCUUUUUUUGGGUGGGACACUUUUUCUCUAUUUUAUAUAAAAAGUUUGACUUUUGUUGAAUUUCUGAAAUUGAAAUAAAAUUUCUGAAAUUCAGUUCUAAUUUCUAGAUUCCAAAUAAUAAAUUUAAAAAUUUUCUGAAUUCGGACCGACAAAAUUUCCCUCAAUUUCAAAAAAUUUUGAAACCGAUUUCAGAUUUCGAAAUCUUUUUUUCAAAAUCAACUUUCAGUAAAUUUUUUUGAAAACUUUCAAGAUAUUUAUUUAAUAUAUCUGUUUUUUUUCCUAAAAUUGUUUUUGAAAGGCCAAUUUUCAAUCCGGAUUGAAUUUUUAAAAAUUUUCCUCAUUUUUCAAUAUUUUCCUCAAAAUUUCAAUAUUCCAAAUUUUCAUCAAAAUCUUCUGAUCUUCUGAAUUUUUCAAAUAUUUUUGAUUUUUCAAUCUCUGUCAAUAUCUGCGUCUCCUUAUUUUUUCACACAUUUUUUUAUCUGUUGGCCACGCCCCUUUCUCAUGGUGUCCACCUGGUGUGUUUUUAGUAUUAGGUUUGUAAAAAAUGUGUUCAAUCCAAAAAUUAUUUAUUUUUUGGUGGCGUCUAUUUUUUUGGUCUCUUUUUCCUUUUUUCACUGAAAAUGACAACUUGUUUUUGUUUUGUUUUGAUUAUUUUCUUCGAAAUUUGAUUGUUUUGUUCGAAAUAAUCAGAAUUUCUCUCUCCCUCUUUCAAUUUUCCCCGUUUUCGUGUCAACGACUAAAAAUGUUCAUAAAUUUUUCCAAUUUUUUAAUUAAAAAAAAUGAAAAUUGAAAAGUUUUUUGAAACGGAAAAUUUUAUUGCAUUUUUUCGAAAUUUUCGCUCUCUCUCGCGACAUACAAAAAAUAAAAACGCAAAAUUUUUUUUUCGCGAGAAUAAAAUUUUAUUUUUGAUCUGAUAUAAUUCUUAUAAAAACAUCCGGAUUUUUUAAAAAAUAUUCAUUUUUCUUCGAAAAUAUCAAAAAAAAUAAUAAAAAUGUACAAUUUUUUCAGUCAAACGGAAAUCAAGAACUAUUUGCACAAAUGAGCAAAGGAGGUCUCUUAUCAUCUGGUGGAAGUGCGAGUCCAUCUUCUUUGGCAUCUUCUGGAGCACCAUCUUCAUCAUCAGUUUUGAAUGAGGCAAAUGAAGAGAAAGAUCAACAACAACAAGAAACACAAAAAUCACAACAAACUCCAAAUUGGUUGCAACUUGUUAUGAAUCAACAAAUUCAACAACAGCAACAACAACAAAAACCAGCUGAAAGUUUAAUGGAUAUUAUGCAAAAUGCGAAUCCACAAUUUUUGGAAAUGUUGGCAAAUUCAAACGGAAAUGCAACUGAUUUCACAGCAUUAGUUGGUCAAUUAGCUGGUUUAUCAUCAUCACAAAAUAAAAUGAAUGAAGAUAUUGAUGAUCUUCGUGAUAAUUCAGUCACACCUCCACCUUCAAAUAAUAUUCAAAUUCCAAAUUCAUUGGCUGGUUUGAUGCUUCCAACAACAUCAAAUUCUUCACAAAAUACAGUAACCGAUUCAUGUCAAUCAUCAGUUAUUGUAAAUGGAACAAACGAAAAUAAUGAUGGACCAACAACACCGCCAGCAAAGAAAUCAAAACCAUCUCCAUCUGAAGAAUCGAAUAUUUCUGAUGUUACAGCUGCAAAUAAUUCAUUGAUGCAGUAAGUUUUACUUUUUAUUCAGAUCAUUUAGGAAAUUUCAAAUUCAAAUUAAUUUUUUUGCAGAUUAUUUGGCGGUCUAUUUCCACAAAACAUGUCAGCAUUGCCUCUCAUGUUUCAAUCACCACUUCAUCAACAAUUUGCUGGACUUUCAGAUUUCGAUUCUCCACUUUCGGCGAUGUCAACUGUAAGUCCCUUCCCCCUCCCCACUUCUUUCAAAAUUAUCUCAAUUAUAUUUUUCAGCCAAGCAAAAUGGGUGGCAGUGGAGCUGUGAAACGACAAUAUUCAUCGAAUGGUAAAAAUUAUUGUGAUUUGUGUAACAAAGAAGUUUGCAACAAAUACUUUUUGCGCACACAUAUGCUCAAAAUGCAUGGAAUUGUUAUCGAUGAAAACAAAACAGUAAUUGCUAAUAUUGAUACAUUGGAAAGAGAAAGAAUGGGAAAUUUAUCAUUCCGAUGUGACACUUGUUUAGUUGAAUUCAAAUCACGUCAUCAACUUCGACAACAUAAACAAGAUGUUCAUGGAGUAAUGCCUUUGUCAACACCAAGAAAUACAAAUACAUCAUCUGGUUCUGCAAAUGGAAUUCCAACAAAAUCAUCAGUUCCAUCAACACCAACUUCAACAAAUAAUGGAUCUUCAAUUGAUGAAAAAUGUCAAUUAUGUGAUAAAAGAGUGCCUGGAUUAAUGAUGGGAUUACAUGUUCAACAAGAACAUUUGGGUGGAGGAGCAGCAACUGAUUUACAACAAGUUAUGGCUUUAUUAAAUGCACAAAAUAAUCGACGACAAGAAGAUGAAAGUGCAAAAGAGGAUCCAAAUUUAUUGAAAUGUGGACAAUGUCAAUAUGCAACAAGAGAUGCAAGAAAUUUGGAAAUGCAUCAAGAAAGACAUGAUCCAAUGAAUGAAGUUAAAAGAAGAGGAAGUGAUGAAGAUGAAGAUGAAGCAUUGAAAUUAACAACUGAAGCUGCACUCAAAAUGGUUUGUCAAAAUCAUCAAUUUGAUGAUGCGACAGCAGCUGCACUCAAUUUAAGUCUUCAUAAAUCGGCUGCAAUUAAAAAAGAGAAUACAGAAGAAGAUAUUUUGAAAACAUCAAAUAAUCAUAUCAAUGAACGAAAUUCACAUACAGUAAGUUCUAUUUAUUUUUUCCCCAAUUUCAAAAUUAAUUUUGUUUUAUUUUCAGAGCGGUUCAAUUUCUCCAUCCGGUGAUUCAAUUCCAGAAGGAUUCGGUAAACCAAUUGGAAAUGAUAAAAAUUAUCAAACACAAACAUUUGUCGUCAGGAGUAAUGAUGAAAAAGGUAAACAUUUUUUUUCAAAAUUUUUUUGAAAAUCUCAAAUCAAAUUAUUUUUCCAGGUUCAUUCCUUGGCGAAUUUAUCGCUCAACUUCCAGUUCGAAAUCUUGUUGAUGGACCUCGUCAAAUUGUUUUCGAACUAUUGCCAACAACCUCAGUUCCAAAUGGAAUUUAG